UGGAGCCUCAGCCAGGUCCCUGUGAGGAUGUCCAGGGUGAAUGGGGCCAAACCAAACCCAUGAGGGUUUUGGGGAGGCACCAGAGGGACAACGAGCCUGGGAGGAGAGGGUUUCCUGUGCUCCUCAUCCACCAUCCUAAAUUCUAUCAGCAGGGGAUCUCAGGGAUGCCUGAGGCAGCCCAAAAUGCCAGGAAUGCCACCAGGAAAUGUGACAGUGGCAGAGCCACCACGAUGAGGACAAACCCAGCCACCAGCCAGCCACCCAGCCCGGGGCAAGGAGAGGCCUCACAGCCAAUGGCAAGGGCUGAUCUCUGCACAGGAACUGGCAAGUGUGAGCAUCAUCCUGUGCUGGCUGCUGGUGGCCACAACCCAGCCCAAAAUAGACUCCCAGCCCCAGCAGCACCACUGCUCCCACACUUUCCAGCACCCCCGGGUGCCACACUGGCCCAAGGGGCUGCCAGGAGGAAUUUCCCUUCACCUCUCACCCCUCAGGGGGAGAUCCAAGCGGUUCUUUCCACGGGGAGAGUCAUGGAAAGGCUGGCAGGGGUUGUUAUAAAUGCCACUGCUGCAGGCAGGAGGGCAGCCAGCUCUUGGUGGCCUCAGUGCAAUCAGAGCUGCAGGUGCUGCCAGAGCCUUGGUUUGACAUGAAGAUCUCAGCCCUGCUCCUCCUGCUGCUGGCAGCUGCCUGGGUUGGAAGCCAGGGGAUGUCCUUCCGCUCCAGGUCCCGCUGCUGCUCCAGGGAAAUGUUCAGCACCCGGAAAAUCCCGGAGCUCCUGAUCCGGGGCUACCAGCACACAGACCCCAGCUGCAGCCACAGGGCUGUUCUGGUGAAGCUGCAGAAAGGGAUGGUCUGUGUGGACCCAGAAAAGAAAUGGUUCCAGGAGUUCCUAAGGAAGCAGAAGCAGCCAAACAGCACCUCCAGGUGAAGCUGCCUUCCCCAGAAGCUCUAUUUAUUUGUAUCUCAGGAUUCCUGUGUGUUUCUGUAAGGAGCUGGCUCCAUCCCCUCCCCUGCCCCACUCACGGACUCAAUAAACCCUCCUGUGCUCA